AUGUACGCUCUUGAACAGGAAAGGGCCCAUCCGGUGCCGCCGCCACCACCACCGCUCUCAAUGGACCGCAUCUCUGGCCCGUCUGCCGGGUAUCCCACGCCAGGGACAGGCCCGCUGCGGUCGUCCGAUCACCUCGCGCCCAUCUCCACCAGCCAUGAGGGCCGGAUUUGGUCUUUACAGGUCGUCCAGCAGCCUAUUCGAGCUCGCAUGUGUGGUUUCGGUGAUAAGGACCGGAGACCGAUCACUCCACCCCCAUGUAUUCGCCUAAUCGUACGAGAUGAACACACUGAGAAAGAGAUUGAUAUCAAUGAGAUCGAUACAUCCUUCUACGUACUCACCGUCGACCUGUGGAACGCCGAUGGUACGAACGAGGUCAACCUCGUCAAGCAUUCCGCCACUUCCCCCUCCAUCUCGACCGCCAUGUCCUCCUCAUACCCACCUCCGCCCCAGAGCAUGUCUCCUACCUACCCCGCCUAUAGUCAGAAUGCCUAUGGGCAACCAGUCGGAUACCCGCCCAUGAGCAACUAUUAUGGCCAACAACAGAUGUACCAAAAUCCAUACGGUCAGGCAGUGGGGUACCCACCCUAUGGCUAUCCCCAGGGGGGACAGAUGCCCGCUGCCAUGUCUCCCGCGCCACCAGUCUCGGGUGGUCCGGGCGGCAUGUUCACUCGGAACUUGAUUGGCAGUCUCAGUGCCAGUGCUUUCCGUCUAACGGACCCAGAUAACAAGAUCGGCGUGUGGUUCAUUCUGCAGGAUUUGAGUGUGCGCACAGAGGGCACUUUCCGUCUCAAAAUGAGCUUCGUCAAUGUGGGCACCCAGUCCACUGAAAGCAGCAACGGGGCGCCCGUGAUCAACCAUGGAUCUGCCCCCGUUCUGGCCUCGGUCUUUAGUGAACCCUUCCAAGUCUUCUCCGCCAAGAAAUUCCCCGGUGUCAUUGAAAGCACCCAAUUGAGCAAGUGCUUUGCGCUACAGGGUAUCAAGAUACCCAUCCGAAAGGAUGGUGUCAAGGGACCCCGGGGUCGUGGCGGAGACGGAGACGAUGACGAUGGUGAUGACUACUAG